AGAGCUCUAUCUUCGUCACAUUGUCAUUUCUUUAUCUCCAUCUAACUUUAUUUAACGCAAACUUCAAUUAUAACUUAAUAAAUAAUCUAAACUGACAUUUUUUUAUAUUAACUUUUAUGUUUAUUUUUGCUUGUUAAUUUUCUAAAAAGAUAUUUCACAAAUAUAUUUAACUUCUGCAUGAAUCAGAUAGUUGACUUGUUAUGUCAAAUGUGAAAAGAUGUUAUAAAAUUUUGGCGGUAUGCUUAUAGAUCUUUUGUUUAUUAAUUUAAGUUAAAAAAUGCCAAAACGUCCAUGUCCUUUUGAAGAUAAUUUAUUACCCCAAUUGAAAGUACACGUAAGUCAGAAACAAGUAGAUAACGGUGUUUGUCAAGAGGAACGAAUGAAAAAUGUUUAUGAGAAAACAAUGGAUUUAUUAAAAGAAGGUGUUAAAACAUUAUCACAAAGAUUAAAUACUUUCACAGAAUUAGAUCCCAUUAAUAUACCAUCGUCGAAAUCUUGUUGCAAAUUCAAAAAUGAACGUAUUCAAAAACAAAUGAUAUUAAAUAAUAAAUUAGAAUUAUUACGAGCAGAUAAAAUUAUAAAGGAUAUUCAACCAAAAUAUGAUCUUUGUGAAUGCAGUCGAAUAAUAAAUCAAAAUAUGUUUAGUAAAUGUUCCUAUUGCGAUCAAAUUUUAUGUAAUUUUUGUCUUUUUGAAUGUAUCAAUUGCUCAGAACUAUUUUGUCAAAACUGUUCUUUACCCACAUAUGAUAAUGAAGAACAAAAUAAGUGUCUUAAUUGUUAUAAAUAAAAUUAAAAUAUUUUAUAUAAUCUUUUUGUAUCUCAUAUUUAUAUUUACAGAUUUUUUUAAUGUAAAUGUUUUUAAAUUAAUGAAAACAAUAAAUAGAAACAU